AUGCAAAAAGCAAGACGUAUAGGUGCCGGUAAGAUUUACGGUGUCAUUAUUGCCUCCGCCGUGGUGGGACUUUUUGUCCGGGUGCUUAUUCUUUCUUAUAAUAAACGGAGUGAUGCAAGUGACUGGACGUGGGGAUGCCGCUUUUUUGGGAAUAGGGCGAAAUCAACAAUUCGUCCUGUAGAAAAGUUAGAAUGUCGUGGCUUUACGAAGGAGGAACUCCGUGAGUAUGACGGCAUCCAGAAGGGUGACAUUUAUGUCAGCGUCAAGGGCGUGGUGUAUGAGGUGGCCCCGCAGUUCUACGGUCCGGGCCAGCCGUACCAUGCCUAUGCAGGACACGAGAUCUCACGUUGUCUUGCUAAAUCCGACACGACGGCGAAGGAGGCGAACAAGAAUUGGAUGCAUGACUGCAAUGAGGAGGAACUUGAGGCGUUGGAGUGGUGGGCGAAAAAGUUUGAUUCGAAGUAUCCUGUGGUGGGGUGGUUUGUGGCAGAUGAGGACUUCUACUUGGACGCACAAAAUAACACUCUUCAAACAAUGUGA